AUGGGGUCGGCAGGCAGGGAGGUGUCGAUUUCGCUGGACAGCGUGAGGGACAAGAAUUUGAUGCAAUUGAAGAAGCUCAACUCUGUCCUUUUCCCCGUUCGGUACAACGACAAGUACUAUGCCGAUGUCCUCGCCUCCGGUGAAUUUACCAAAUUAGCCUAUUAUUGUGACAUUUGUGUUGGGUCCAUUGCAUGCCGCAUCGAGAAAAAGGAAAGUGGUGGUAUUCGUGUAUACAUAAUGACAUUGGGCGUUUUGGCUCCAUAUCGUGGGUUAGGUGUUGGCACAAAGUUAUUGAAUCAUGUGCUUGACAUUUGCACGAAGCAGAGCAUUGGUGAGAUCUACUUGCACGUGCAGACCAACAAUGAAGAAGCCAUCAAAUUCUACAAGAAAUUUGGGUUCGGUAUAACAGAAACGAUCCACAACUACUACACGAAUAUUACACCACCCGAUUGCUAUGUUGUUACCAAGUUCAUUGCCCAAGCCGAAACGAAUAAAUAG